AUGCACCAAAAUUCACGGCCUGCGUUUACAAGGGGAUUUAGCAGCGCUCAAGCGCUGGAAACACCGACGGAAUCCCGAACACCAACAGUACCGCACACAGUGCCUCGUCCGCCCAAAGCGAUGCACGUAAAGCGGGUUACAUUGACGUCGAAGAAGAAUUGGUGGAUGGUGGAAAUGGACGAAGAAGAAGAAACACAACCUUCGCAUUCAGUAAACUCAUUUUCAUCAUCGGAGGAGACGGCCGUCGAGAAACCGUCUGUGUAUGAUCAGUACAACCACGGGGUAGACGAACAUCAACAAAGGCACCCCAAUCUACAUCACCAUGUCUCUGAUCACAAGAGAAGCGAGUCCCCGCCUCCUUCACCCAUCUACAACCCUCCUCGCCAUCCCACGUCCAUAUUCUCGUUCCCAACGCCAACAGCUUACUCGGCCCCCCCGAAUCCUACCGCAAGCCUACAACCUUUUGCUCAUGGGUCGGCAUCAGAGCUGUUUCGAUGCGUUGUGAAGAAGCCGGACGUUGUCCAGCUUGAGAUCAACGGGGAGAUGCAAUCCAACGCUUCUGAUGUCACCGUGCAAUUUCUUGCCGAGUUGAGGGUAUACACGACAGUAGCAAGGCAUAGGAAUAUUUGUGCAUUUUUGGGUUCGUUGGAGAAUGUUGGGAUGGUAUUGGCGUACAUCGAUGGUCGAACAUUGUACGAUGUCAUCAUUGAGCGCCCAAAGUUGACGACGAAGCAGAAGAUAGAUUAUCACAACCAACUGCUAGACGGUCUCAGUCAUCUGCAUUCAUACAGACUGAGCCACGGAGACCUCUCGUUAUUGAACAUUCAAGUCACAAAGCGAACAAAUACCAUCAAGCUUCUUGAUUUCGGCCGCUCUGUCUCAGCAGAUUCUGUCUUCAAAUCACCCGAUGAUGACCCCGUGGAUCCCUUCCCUUAUAUCGCGCGCAAGCAGUCGACAUCAACCCCGAAACCACCUUCAGUGAAAUAUGAGCAAAUUCAUCCAGGAACAAGACCUUUUUCAGCGCCUGAAAUUCUGCGUGGAGAAUGCAAGGAUCCAUUGUUGGCGGAUGCUUACAGCUUCGGUAUGAUCAUGGUAUGUCUCGAUCGUUGUGAGUCCGUCGACGUCAAACCAUGGGACCAGCGUAAAGACAAGCUUCCAGCUGACCUCUACGAUGGUUGCGAGCUGUUCCAAGAACGAGCCAAAGAGUAUCUGCGCAGGUGUGACGCAGGACGGAGAAGGCUCAGCAAGUCCGAUAUGAUCCAGCUGGAAGAAUUGGAGCCUUAA